GCAGCUCGGCUCCGCCUUCGCCAUGGCCGCCCGCUGCCCAGGCGACUAAGUGGCUGCGGGGACCGAGGUCUCCGCUGUCCCCUCGCGGCUCCGCAGUCCGCCUGCCCGGAUCACAUGGGUCUGCUCCGGGGUGGGCCCCCUUGCGCUCGGGCCAUGGCGCGCCUGGGCGCCGUGCGCUCGCACUACUGCGCGCUGCUGCUGGUCGCGGCGCUGGCCGUCUGUGCCUUCUACUAUCUGGGCUCUGGCCAGGAGACCUUCUCCAGCGCCACCAAGAGGCUGAAGGAGGCCCGCUCUGGCGUCCCCGUGGCGUCCUCGCCGCCUGUGCUGGAGCUGGCGCGGGGUUCCGUGGCUCCGGCUCCGGGCGCCAAGGCCAAGAGCUUGGAGAGCGGCGGGGCCGGGCCGGUGGACUACCACCUGCUGAUGAUGUUCACCAAAGCUGAACACAAUGCGGCGCUGCAGGCCAAGGCCCGGGUGGCUCUCCGCUCUCUGCUGCGCCUCGCCAAAUUUGAGGCGCACGAGGUGCUGAACCUGCACUUCGUGAGCGAGGAGGCCAGCCGUGAGGUGGCCAAGGGCCUUCUACGGGAGCUGCUGCCGCCCGUCGCCGGCUUCAAAUGCAAGGUCGUCUUCCAUGAUGUUGCUGUGCUGACAGACAAGCUCUUCCCUGUGGUGGAGGCCAUGCAGAAGCACUUCAGUGCUGGCUCGGGGACCUACUACAGUGACUCCAUCUUCUUCCUCUCAGUUGCGAUGCAUGAGAUCAUGCCCAAAGAGAUUCUGCGGAUAAUUCAGCUGGACCUAGACCUCAAGUAUAAGACCAACAUCCGGGAACUGUUUGAGGAGUUUGAUAAUUUCCUGCCAGGUGCUGUCAUCGGCAUAGCAAGAGAGAUGCAGCCAGUGUACAGGCACACAUUCUGGCAGUUCCGCCAAGAGAAUCCAAAAACCCGGGUUGGGGGCCCUCCUCCUGAGGGACUCCCGGGUUUCAACAGUGGGGUGAUGCUGUUGAACCUGGAGGCCAUGCGUCAGUCGCCAUUGUAUGGCCGCCUGCUGGAGCCAACGCAAGUGCAGCAGCUGGCCAACAAGUACCACUUCCGGGGCCACCUGGGGGACCAGGACUUCUUCACUAUGAUUGGCAUGGAGCACCCCGAGCUCUUCCACGUGCUGGACUGUACCUGGAACCGGCAGCUCUGCACCUGGUGGAGGGACCAUGGCUACAGUGAUGUUUUUGAGGCCUACUUCCGGUGUGAGGGCCACAUCAAGAUCUACCAUGGAAACUGUAACACCCCCAUCCCAGAGGGCUAGGUGUGCUUCUGAAGGAUUCUGAAUUUGAAGGCAGGAAAGGGGGGCUUCUUGGAAACACCACAGGUGUCUAAACUCCCCCAAACAACACAUUGUGGGGGAACAUCCUUUGAUCAGGUGCUGUGGCUUUCUCACCCUGGAUCACUAUCCAGAGGCCACCCACGGAGGCCUCCUCACUGCUGGUGUUUGGUACCUUUGUCCUCCAGAUGCUUCAUGAAGGGCAACUGCACAGACCUUUGCCAGGGAGCUAAGAGGCAAGCAUUUGAAGAGAAGAAAGAAAACCUGCCUCUUGUCUUCAGCCCCCAAAGAACACAAACUCUUUUACGAAUCAGCCUUUCUUGGACCAAAAAUUAAUUUGACAGGCUUACCGUUAUUUUGUGAGAAGGAACAAAUUGUACUGCUGUAGUUCCUGGUGAGCUCAAAAUGAGUGAGCCAGUGCGUUAGCAACUCGCCCAGAGUUUAAGCAUCCAAUCCAGUGCCAGCCUUCCAAGGGCAGACCCCAGGAAGCUGAGCGUUUAUUUCUCCAAUGCUCUUGAUGGAGGGAGGGGGUUGGGGAGAAAUUGUGACUUCUUUGGGAAGGGCCUUCAGGCCCUGCUGGGACCACAUAAGAAAGCAGAUCUCAUUAUUUUAGCCUUCAGGGCUUUUAUCAUCCAUUCACAUCCCAUAACCUGAUUAUCCCUAUUUCAUCCAAGCCAGCCCCAUGUAACCAGACUGUGCCCAGAACUGAAAUCCACCAUCAAAGGAUAGAGAUUGGCUGCCCUACAGCACUUACCCAGCCAUCCACAAGUAUAACCGGGUUACUGGGUUUGCUCCUAAGCUUAUAAACUUUCUGCUCUCUUUGUUUAGAAACUCAUCCUGCUGACUUUCUUAUUGUACCCUAUCAAUUUUGUAUUUUUUUUUUGUAUUAUUGUACCAGCCUAGAAGAAGCCAGAGUGUUAUUUUUUAAAUUUCUGAUGAGUGUUAUUUUUUAAGGUUCUCCUGUAAGCUCACUGCUUCCCACAAAGUCCUGGUGAUUUGCCAUGGGUAGUCUAGUGAGGUCCUUGGUGAGAGAAGUGUUGGUGGAUUUUUUUUUUUUUAAUUUCAUUUUAUUUCUAUUUCAUUUACUCUCUAUCUCUUUUUUUAAAUGAUUAUUUCUUUACAUUCAUGAGUGAGAAUAGCUAAGAAAUCAUCUUUGAGAACACACUGGUUCAUGUUUUUUGCUCUCCGACCAGUUUGCUGCUACAGGAAGGUUGUGUGAAGAGUAGAGUCAGUCUCCUAGAGGAUCCUCAUUCACAUGGUGAGUUCACAGUGGCUGGAAUCUGAGGGCCCAGGGUCAACAGCUGCAUUGUAGUGGUGCUGUCUUGGUUUCAGAAUAGACAAUCAUUUCAUUCUAGCUAUUGCAGGCCCCACCUGUUUGCAGGAGCAAAAACAGCCCCAUCCUCUCUCCUUUUCCCCUGCCCCAACCUGUCUAUUUUCACUAUGCCCUACCUAAGAAGUGGGGCUUAUUUCUCCAAAUCUCUGGUCUAACAAAACUGCUAUAGUCUCUUAGGUACCUGACUUCCUGUUUAUAGCUACCAGUUUCUGAAUGCCUGCUGUGUGCUAAGCAUUUUAUGGGGGAUUUAUAUAUGCUGUUGACAGUACUCAUGAACAUUAUUCAUAGUCUAACAUUUUCUUGUGAGAAAAUAAGAAGUGAUCUGGACAGAAAGACAUUUUUGUUGUUGUUGUUGUUGUUGUCUCCAGGGUUAUCACUGGGGCUUGGUGUCUGCACUAUGAAUCCACUGCUCCUGUGGCCAAUUUUUCAAUUUUUUUUUCUUUUGGAUAGGACAGAGAGGAAUUGAGGGGGGAGAGGAAGAGAGAGAGAAAGAUAGACACCUGCAGACCUGCUUUCCCACUUGUGAAGCAACACCCCUGCAGGUGGGGAGCCCAGGCUCAAACCAGGAUCCUUGAGCAGGUCCUUAUGCUUCGUAUUAUGUGCACUUAACCCGCUGCACCACCUCCCAGCCCUCCAGAAAGUUAUUGUUUAUCAUAGCAGUUUUUAUAAUAGAAAAUAUUUGGGAGCAAGUUAGAUAAAUAAUGUAUGUCGCAUCAUAAGGGAAAACUUUAGGCACUUGGAUCAUAUUUUUGAAGGCUAUAUAAUUCUUGGGAAAUGCUUAUACUAUGCCAGUAAAAUAAGAAUGAAAAAUACAGAUUAUAUAUAGGCUCACCAUACAUUUUUAAAAAUAUAUAUGUGUAUAUGUUUAUAUAUAUAUGUGUGUGUGUAUAUAUAUAUAUAUAUAUAUAUAUAUAUAUAUAUAUAUAUAUAGUGAGCCAAUUCAGCUAUAUUUCACUAGUUCAAACUCCUAGGAAAAAAAAUCAUACAUCUCAAAUGCUUAAAAAAGAAAAACAACUCAAUUACUUUAAUGGGGGAAAAGUAGGUAAAACUCUAGAAAAUAAUAGAUACAUUAUGGGGCCGGGCAGUGGCACACCUGGUUGAGUACAUAUGUUACAAUGCACAAGGACCCAGGUUUGCACAGUCCUGGGGAGCUUGGCAGCCCACUGUCUGUCCUUCUCUUGAAAGGUGACUAAAGCACAAGGUGGCAGACUGUUUCAUUAGACAUAGAAUCCUUAUCAAUUUGAAGGUGAUUCCUGGGGCCAGGGAGGUGGCUCAGUGGGUAGAGAGCAGUGCUGCAUAUAAUGGAACUCUGGUCAUGCUCUCUCAAUAAAUAUAUAAUUAUUUUGUAAAGAUGAUUCUGUGGUAAUUUUGUUAUUUAUUUUUCAUGUCACAUGAGAGAGAGAGAAAGUGCAAUCCCCUGGGCAUUACUGUAACAUUGCUGCUCUGAGAUGACGUUCUCCUAUAGAAAGACAGAGGGGGGAGUCGGGCGGUAGUACAGCGGGUUAAGCACAUGUGGUGCUAAGUGCAAGGACCAGAGGAAGGAUCCUGGUUUGAGCCCCUGGCUCCCACCUGCAGGGGAGUCACUUCACAGGCGGUGAAGCAGGUAUGCAGGUGUCUAUCUUUAUCUCCCCGUUUCUGACUUCCCCUCCUCUAUCCAUUUCUCUCUGUCCUAUCCAACAACAAUGACAACAAUAACAACAACAAUAAAACAACAAGGGCAACAAAAGGGGGGAAAAGAAUUACAAAAAAAAAAGGCAGAGGGGGAGUGAGAAAGAUGCCCAGUAUGGACUGACCUGCCAACACCCAUGUUCAGUAGAGAAGCAAUUAUAGAAGCCAGAACUCCUACCUUCUUUACCUCAAAAACAACCUUGAUCCAUACUCCUAGCAGGGGAAAAGUGAUAGGAUGAACAUAAAGAGGGCUCUGACCUCCAGCUCCAUCAGCACCCAGAGAGAGAGACGGAAAAGGAGUGGGACAUACAGAGGCAGUAAUGUGGUCAUGAGUGAUUUGGAGGGGAAGAUAGGAUUGAAUCAGGGGAGAAAAGGGAGCAAUUAUGUAUAAAUGUAAAAAGAUAGUUGUGGGGAGUCGGGCUGUAGCGCAGCGGGUUAAGCGCAGGUGGCGCAAAGCACAAGGGCCGGCAUAAGGAUCCCGGUUCGAACCCCGGCUCCCCACCUGCAGGGGAGUCGCUUCACUGGCGGUGAAGCAGGUCUGCAGGUGUCUAUCUUUCUCUCCUCCUCUCUGUCUUCCCCUCCUCUCUCCAUUUCUCUAUGUCCUAUCCAACAACAACAACAAUAAUAAUAACUACAACAAUAAAACAACAAGGGCAACAAAAGGGAAAAAAUUAAUAAAAUAAAUAUAAAAAAAAAAAAGA